UCUUUAAUAUUAAUCGCAAGAGAAAAAAUUUUUUAUGGAAAUAAUUAUAGAAAUUUAUUUUUAUUAGUGAUUAUUUUUUUAUUGUUAAUAUUAAUAUUUACUUUUAGAUCAAUAAGAGUAUUUAUAUUUUAUUUAUUUUUUGAGAGAAGAUUAAUUCCAACUUUAUUUUUAAUUUUGGGUUGGGGUUAUCAGCCUGAACGUUUACAAGCAGGUAUUUAUUUAUUAUUUUAUACUUUGUUAGCUUCAUUACCUUUAUUAAUUGGAAUUUUUUAUGUUGAAAAUAUUAAUAAAACUAUAAGAAUUUAUUUAUUAAAUUAUAAGUAUUUAUGUAAUUUUAAUUUUUUAUAUUAUUUAGUAUUUGCUUUUUUAGUUAAAAUACCAAUAUUUUUGGUUCAUUUAUGAUUACCUAAGGCUCAUGUAGAAGCUCCUGUUUCUGGUUCUAUGAUUUUAGCGGGAAUAUUAAAGUUAGGGGGUUAUGGUUUAUUACGGAUUUUUUCUAUAUUACAAAUUUUAGGAAUAAAAUUUAAUUUUUUUUGAAUUAGAAUUAGAUUAAUUGGAGGGGUUUUAGUAAGAUUAAUUUGUUUAUUUCAAAUAGAUUUAAAGUCAUUAAUUGCUUAUUCUUCUGUUGCUCAUAUAGGAAUUGUAUUAAGAGGGUUAUUAACUAUAAGAUAUUGGGGAUUGAAUGGUUCUUAUACAUUAAUAAUUGCUCAUGGUUUAUGUUCUUCAGGAUUAUUUUGUUUAGCAAAUAUUUCUUAUGAACAAAUAAGAAGACGAAGAUUAUUAAUUAAUAAAGGAAUAUUAAAUUUUAUACCUAGAAUAUCAUUAUGAUGAUUUUUAUUAUGUUCAGGAAAUAUAGCAGCACCUCCUACAUUAAAUUUAUUAGGGGAAAUUUCUUUAAUAAAUAGAAUUGUAAGAUGAUCUUGAAUUUCAAUAAUUAGAUUAUCUUUUUUAUCUUUUUUUAGAGCUGCUUAUACUUUAUAUUAUUUUCUUAUAGACAACAUGGUAAAUUUAUUCUGGUAUUAAUUAUUUUUUUCUGGAACAAGUCGAGAGUAUUUAUUGUUAAUAUUACAUUGAUUGCCUUUAAAUAUUUUAAUUAUAAAAAGAAAUUUAUGUAUAUUAUGACUUUAAUUUAAAUAGUUUAAAAUAAAAUAUUGAUUUGUGGUGUCAAUGAUAUGAAUAAUUCAUUUUAAAUCGUGGAAAAUAUAAGAAUUAGAAAAAUUAGAUUUUAUAUUUUAUUUGUAAUUAGAAUUAUUUUAUUUAUUUUAUCAUAAAAUUUUUAUUGAUUGAUUUAAUUUAUUUUAUUGAAUGAGAAGUAAUUUCUUUACAUUCAAUAUCAAUUGUAAUAACUUUUUUAUUUGAUUGAAUAAGUUUAAUAUUUAUAUCAUUUGUAUUAUUUAUUUCAAGAUUAGUAAUUUUUUAUAGAAUUGAAUAUAUACAAGAAGAUUUUAAUAUUAAUCGAUUUAUUAUAUUAGUAUUAAUAUUUGUAAUAUCAAUAA